AUGGAGUCUCAAUCUCUUCUUCCUGCUCCUCUUCUUCUUCUUCUCGUGUGUACCUCUUCACUCUGUGUGCUCGCUUUGGCCGGCAAGUCCCCCGACGAGGCGAGUCUUCUGGCUCUGAAGUCCUCCGUGGAUCCCUCCGGCGUGCUUCCAUGGCGGCGGGGCUCUUCCGCCGGCGGCGUCUGCAGCUGGUACGGCGUCAGGCAGUGCUCCCCGAAGGGCCGCGUUACCAAGCUGGUCCUGGAGUCCGUCAACCUUACCGGGAACCUCCAUGCAGGGCUGCUCUCCCCCUUGGAUGAACUCCGGGUACUCAGCUUCAAGUCCAACUUCCUCUCCGGCGAGGUCCCCGAUAUGUCGGGGCUCACCAAUCUGAAGGCCCUCUUCCUCGACGACAACCGCUUCUCCGGCGAGAUUCCGGCGUCUCUGGGUACCCUUCACCGGCUUAAGGCCAUCGCCCUCUCCGGCAACGGCAUCUCCGGGAGGAUCCCCGAUUCUCUGACGAAGCUCCCCAAGCUGUACGCACUGUUCUUGCAGAACAACCGGCUGAGCGGGCGAAUCCCGGCCUUGAACCAGAGGGAACUCAGGUACUUGAACGUCUCCGGCAACCUCCUCGCCGGCGAAAUCCCAAGGACCCUCGCUCUCCGGCGGUUCGACUCCUCCUCCUUCGCCGGCAAUCCGAACCUCUGCGGGGUGCAACUCAGGAAGCCCUGCAAGGCCAUCCACAGCGACCCCAUCUUCUCCCCCCCGCUGGUUCCUUCUUCUUCUUCUUCUUCCUCCUACACCACCCCGUCCUCGGAGGACGGCAAGAAGAGGAAGAAGAGGAUAGCAGUGAUCGUCUCAGGCUCCGCCGCCGCGUUCCUGUUCCUCGCCGCUUGCGUGCCGCUGGCGGCGGCGUUCUUUCUCUCGUCCAGGAGGAGGAGGAGGAGUACUCCGGCGGCGGCGGAGGGGGGAGGAGGAAUCCGGGGGGAGGACGCAGCAGGGCCGUCAAGGGGGCCCAACUCCGGCGGCGGCGGCGGCGCUGGCGGGGGGAAGAGGGUGUUCUCAUGGGAAGCGGAGAGGUUGGGGAAGCUGACGUUCUGCGGCGGUGGCGCCGCCGACUACAGCCUGGAGGAGCUGCUGAAGGCGUCGGCAGAGACGCUGGGGAGGGGGACAGCGGGGAGCACGUACAAGGCGGUAAUGGAGUCGGGGCUGGUCGUGACGGUAAAGCGUCUCAAGGAUCCCGGCAGCGGCGGCGCGGGCCACGACGGCGGCGAGUUCCGGCGCGGGGGGGAGGCGCUGGGGGCAAUCCGCCACCCCAACCUCGUGCCUCUCCGGGCCUACUUCCAGGCCCAGCAGGAGCGCCUGCUCGUCUACGAUUACUUCCCCAACGGCAGCCUCCUCUCCCUUCUCCACGGUACCAACUGUCUCUCUCUCUCUGCCGGUCCACGUUAACCGCGGAUGCGCGCGUGCUUUGACGACCCUCGACAACCGAGCCUUUAUAGGACAGACCUUUUUUGACCGCACCGCCGGCUUUGGCUUUCUCUGCGGAUUACUCGAUUUUUUUAUAUUUUUUACGACAAAUCCCUGAAAAAGAAGACGAAGAAAAUGUUGUUUGCUGAUGGUCUACUGAUGACGGUCUUCUUGGCGGCCGUGGCUUAGGGUCGUCGUCGGCGACGGGCAGAGGGGGCGGUGGCAAGCCGCUGCACUGGACGUCGUGCCUGAAGAUCGCGGAGGACGUGGCGGCGGGGCUCCAACACCUCCACGAGGCCGCCGGCGUGGUGCACGGGAACGUGAAGCCCUCCAACGUCCUCCUCGGGUCCGACUUCGAGUGCUGCCUCACCGACUACUCCCUCGCCGCCUUCGUCACAUCUCCCGACUCCGGCGGCGGCGGCGGUGGAGGACCUUCGCUGGUCUACCGGGCGCCCGAGUGCCGGCAGCUGCCGCGGGGUGCAGGGGGGGGGGUCACGCCGGAGUCGGACGUGUACGGGUUCGGGGUGCUGGUGCUGGAGCUACUCACGGGGAAGGCGCCCUUCCAGGACCUGGUGGAGGAGUACGGCGAGGGGAUCCCCCAGUGGGUGCGCUCCGUCCGCGAGCAGGGCGCCGCCGACUCCUCCUCCGGCGGUGGGAACGAAGCCCCCCCGGCGGAGGAGAAGCUGGCGGCGUUGGUGAGCGUGGCGGCGGCCUGCGUGUCGACGCGGCCGGAGGAGCGGCCGGCGGCGGGGGAGGCGCUGAGGAUGAUCCGGGAGGCGAGGGCAGCGGCGUCCUCCAACGGCAGCGAUCAGUCCCCUGGGCGGUGGUCCGACGCCGUGCAGAGUCUGCCCAGGUCGUACGGCCUCGACCACAUGAGUCUUACUGAGAGAGACUGA